AAGAGGAAUGAAGGGAUGUGCAACAAUAGCACAGCUCUGGAGGUCACUGAAUCCUCCCUCCCUGUUCACCGCCUUCUCGCGCUACAAAAACAUGGUGAGCCACAGACACCAUGCCUGAUUCUACCUGCAAGAGCACCAGCAUGGACAGAGUCUGGCCACAGACCUUGCCCUCAGCCUGGAAACAGAGGUCAAGACCCUGGGACAGGGCUCUCUGUUCCUUAGGGAACACAAAGGGAGCCUGGUGUCUGCCCUGCCAGUUCCCAGGGGAAGGCAGCUCAGCAAGUCCCUAGGUUCUGAGGAGAGGUGAUUCCUUGAACUGGGGGAAGUUCUUGGCAGAGCAGGGGUCUUCUCUGAAGAAGGGCAAGGGGCAGCUGGGCCUGCUCCACUUCUCCAUGGAGGAGCACCUGUCACCUUCACCAGCCCUGCAGGAGCAGUGUGCUCAGCCCUCAGGACCUGCUGUCAUAAGGGAGGUUGGCAAGAUUCCUCUGUGAUUCCUAGGAUGUUUUUUUUCUGGCCUUCCCUGCAUGAGAUUCUCUGUAUAGCAAAGGGACUACAGCCCCCCUCCUUCCCUUACACAAUAGAGGUUUGGUUCUAUCCAGGCAGGCCAUGGGAACCCUGGACUGCAGCUGGGGCAGGGUCUGAUACUGGCAGACACUCUUUCGUCACAGCAGACUUUGGGGGCUGGUUGUCAGGGACAGGAUGGUGCUGACCUGAGGGAGUAGAGGUGGGGAACCAGUGACUCCUGUGGGGCAAUGUUAUCUCCUAGGUGGUGCCAGUGUGCACACCCAUAAGAGUCCCAUAGAAGGCCACCAUGUCUGUUCAUCUUCAACCAGGACAAGUUAGAGGCUCAUAGCACAGGGAGGUCUGCAGGGAAUAAACCAAUGGGAAGAGGGAGGUGGCGGGGUCUGAGAGUAAGGUAAGGACCAGAGGGGGCCUGCUGCCACUGACACAGCUUAUGGGAGUCCUGGUGCAGCUGGAGUGGCCCAAUGCAAAGGGAAGACUAGGCUAUGUUCAGCUGAGAGGAGGUCAGGCUGUUGGAGCAGAAAGUGCAACACAGAGCUGGGCUGGUUCUGAGGAAAGCAGGCAGCCAUCUGCAAUUUCCAUACCUUAGGACCCAGCCAAGGGCCCCUAAGGGUGAAUUUUGUUUCUGACCUUAGUUUGUGGGUGGGGGAGGCCAUCUCACUAAGCUUCCGUUAUUUUUUUCCCCCACUGGGAAGGGGAGGAGCCAGCACUGUUGAAAGAGGUCUGAGCCAGGAAGCUGAACACUAUUGCUGAGCAGUGAGCCAGAGCGUCAAGGGCCUAGCCAGUGGCAGUGCUUCAAGACUAUUCUGAACCAAACCCUUUACUUCUACCACAAAUCCACCUGGAAAAAUAUGAGGAUGAGUUCUUCAUGGAAAGUCAAUAAGAAAGAGAUGACUUCUGCAUCUAGUCACCUGAAACCACAUAAACAUCCUAAUACUUCUAAGGACAGCCAGGCAAUGGAGCCUAUGAACAACCUCUGCAGGCAGUAUGAGGAGAAGGUGCGGCCCUGCAUUGACCUCAUCGACUCCCUGCGGGCCCUGGGUGUGGAGCAGGACCUGGCCCUGCCUGCCAUUGCAGUCAUUGGGGACCAGAGCUCAGGGAAGAGCUCUGUGCUGGAAGCCCUGUCAGGAGUGGCCCUCCCCAGAGGCAGUGGUAUCGUUACCAGGUGCCCUCUGGUGCUGAAACUGAAGCAACUGGAACAGGGAGAGGAGUGGAGAGGCAAAGUCACCUACAAGAAAACUGAGGUUGAGGUCUCAGACCCCUCACAGGUGGAAGGGGAAGUCAAUAAAGCCCAGAACUUCAUUGCUGGGAAUGGGCUGAUGAUUAGCAGUGAGCUCAUUAGCCUGGAGGUCAGCUCCCCAAAUGUCCCAGACCUGACCUUGAUUGAUCUGCCGGGGAUUACCAGGGUGGCUGUAGGCAAUCAGCCUGCAGACAUUGGAUGCCAGAUCAAGAGACUCAUCAAGACAUACAUCCAAAAACAGGAGACCAUCAACCUGGUGGUGGUCCCCAGUAAUGUGGACAUUGCCACCACAGAGGCACUGAGCAUGGCUCAGGAGGUGGACCCUGAAGGGGACAGGACCAUAGGGAUCUUGACCAAGCCUGAUCUGGUGGACAGAGGGGCUGAGGACAAGGUCAUUGAUGUGGUUCGGAACCUGGUGUACCACCUGAAGAAGGGCUACAUGAUAGUCAAGUGCAGAGGUCAACGGGAUGUCCAGAAGCAUCUGAACCUGACUGAGGCCCUGAAUAUGGAACAAGCUUUCUUCAAGGAGCACCCACAUUUCAGAGUUCUUCUGGAGGAUGGGAAGGCCACAGUGCCCCUUCUGGCAGAGAGACUGACCUCAGAGCUCAUCUCACACAUCUGUAAAUCGCUCCCACUAUUGGAAAAUCAAAUAAAUAAGAGUCACCAGAGAACAAUUGAGGAGCUACAGAAGUACGGCAUAGAUAUACCAGAAGACAGUAACGAGAGAAUGUUCUUUCUGAUUGAUAAAAUUAAUGCCUUCAAUAAGGAUAUCACUGCUUUGGUACAAGCACAGGAAACUGUACCAGGGGGAGGCAGUCGGCUGUUUACCAACCUGAGAAAUGAGUUUCUUAAUUGGAAUAAUUAUAUUGAGGAACAUUUCAACACAAGUUCUGCUGAGAUAGACAGCCAGAUCCAAGUAUUUGAAAAUCAGUAUCGUGGCCGGGAGCUGCCAGGGUUUGUGAACUAUAAGACAUUUGAGAGCAUCAUCAAAAAACAAAUAAAAGCCCUAGAAGAGCCUCCUGUGGUUUUGCUAUACAAGGUCACUGAUAUGGUCCGAUCCGCCUUCACGAAGAUUUCAUUAAAGAAUUUUGGUGAAUUUUUUAACCUCUGCAGUGCUGCCAAGUCCAAAAUUGAAGACAUCAGAUUAAAUCAAGAAAAAAAAGCUGAAAAGCUAAUUCGACUUCACUUCCAGAUGGAGCAGAUUGUAUACUGCCAGGACGAAGUUUACAGGGGAGCCCUGAAGGAGGUCAAAAAGAAAGAAGUCGAGAAAGAAAAGAAUAAUUUUACCUUUCAAUAUAACUCUCAAUCUCCUCAAAAGGACUUGUCUACCACUGAGAUGAGCCAGCACCUGAAUGCCUACUACAAGGAGUGCAGAAGAAGCAUCGGGAGACAGGUCCCUCUGAUCAUCCAGUACUUUCUUCUACAAACAUUUGGGGAAGAGUUGGAGAAAGCCAUGCUUCAGCUCUUACAGGACAAGACUAACUGUAGCCGGCUCCUGGCUGAGCGGAGUGAUAUUACAGAGAAGAGGAAAUUCCUGAAGAGGCGGCUUUCAAGGCUGGACCAAGCUCGGCACAAGCUUGCCAAAUUCUCCUAUUAAUCAGGCUUUCCAGCCUGCCCUGCAUGUUAGUGGCAUGGUAUGGACCAAGGGUUGCUUUGAGGGAGAAAUACCUCAGUGCACACUCCAUUAGACUCACCCCUUUACUGUUGUAUCGUCUGAACCUUUUACUUGUUACCAUUUGGAGUUCGCAAAUUAAAAAAACAACAACACAAAAACCCUUUGAUUUUUCCAUUUCAAUC